GUUCAUUUACCAAAGCGUUCCAGCUUCGUUACCAUGUGAAACAGAACGCAUUAAAGUGAUAUAUAAAAAAAAAAAAGAAAAUAGAAAUAUUAAUCAUAACAUUUUAGUAAUCAAUCAAGCGUAUAUCAAUUGUGCAAUGCAAGUACUAAUCCCAAACUAACACGCUGUGCAUUUAAAAGCUAUUCACAAAAUGCUUAGCUAGGAGUUGGUGAAACACUGCCGCUGCAAGUGCGAUUUUUUGGUGUGGCCUUCUUAAUCGAUUCCAGUUUUGCCUGUCCCAAAACCGAAAACAAAGCAAAAUAUUUAUUCAUCGCACAAGGGCAGAACAACACAUUAGACUUAGGAGCGCUAGCUGGAACGAAAACGGGUAACAGGAUCAAAUUAACUAGCAUAUAUGCUUAUAUGCAUACGUGUGCGUGUGUAUGUAUGUGUUUAUUGACAAUGUUAAAUACAUUUGGAAACAAUGUGCUGUGCUUUACCUACAGUUUACAGCAGGUGCACAUUAACCAGUCAACGACAACAGCAAAUUACAAAUGACCAAAACGAGGAGUCGCUGCAACGGAAAAGCAAUAAUUAGCAACAAAACAAAUAAUUACAAUAAUAAUAACGACGACGACGACAAGAACUUCAACUCAAUCACAGGAUACUUCCAACAAUUGUAGCCAAAAUUCUACGAAUACGUGAUUAUCGUUAUAUAUAUACGUACUGCUUGCCGAUACUAUUGGUCAUGUACUCCGAACCCUACGAUACCGAUGAGCUGGAUGCGAUUGUCGAUGUGGUCGGCUUACGAUCACAGUCGAGGCUCAACACGUUCCGUGAGAUGUGGUAUCAUAUCUUUCUGUGGGCACUCUUCUCAUCCAUAUUUAUACACACCUGCGCCGCCUUGGUUGCCUUUGUGACGCUCCGGCGCCACAAAUUCGGUCGCUUCUUUUCCAUACUGAUUCUGGUGAUGGGCUUCGUAUCGCCCGCUAGCAGCGGGAUCAUUAGCAGCGCCGUUAUUGCAUUCGUCCACGUCGCUUCCAGCUUGCCCAUGUCACCGAUCUAUGCGCUCUUCUGGGGCGUCGGACAGACCAUAUUCUCGGCCUGCUUGGGCUUCUUUCGCAUUCUGGCCACGCUCUAGACAGAGUUGCGAAUGGACUGACUACUAUCUAUCAUAUGGCAACGCAAAUCCUGCCCAUCCUCAAAUUCUGUUUUCUUUGUUUAUUAUUUAUGUGUAUUUAGCUCUUAAUGUUAAUCAUUUUUUACUUAUAUAUAUAUUUAAUAUGUAUUUCUAGUUCGCAUUCAAUAUCCUCAUAAUCCAGUUAGAAAAAAAAAAAACGAAAUAAUUUUGUUCUUUAAUUCAAUAUUGUUAUUUUAUAUAUAAAUCAAAUUCGUAAAGUCGUAAUUUUAAAAUAGUAUUUUCUACGCGCCAAAUCGAAGUAUAUAUCUAUCAACAAAUUGUUCACGAUUGCAUAUACUACAAACUAGAACUUAACAACUAAUUAAACAAUUAUGAUGUACAUGUGUAAGAGAGGAAUGCGUAUAAAAAAUAUUGUGAUUUUUAAUAUAUAUAUAUAUACUAUAUUAUAUAAAGAUAAAUGAACUAGCGAACUGUAUAUAAUUAUUAUUUAAGCACCUAAGCGAUCGAUUGUAAAAACAAAAACCAAAUGAGCAGCUGAAUAAACGGCCUAAAUUCUAUAUAA